AUGUCUUCAUUAUCAUCAACUGUUACAACAGCAUCAACUGCAGCAACCAAAAAGCCAUCUGUCCAACAACCCAAAUGGUAUGAACCGAUAGAUAACUCAUCAUCUAAACCAAAGUUGAAAAUUUACAACUCGUUAACGCGUACCAAGAACGAGUUCCAUCCAAUUAAACCUGGUCACAUUACAUGGUACAGCUGUGGUCCAACGGUAUAUGACCACUCUCAUAUGGGUCAUGCUAGAAAUUAUGUGUCCACAGAUAUCUGUAGGAGAAUCUUGCAAGAUUACUUUGGAUACAAUGUCUUGUUUAUCCAAAAUGUAACUGACAUAGAUGACAAAAUUAUCAUAGCUGCUCGUCAACAGCAUCUUUUUGAGGAGAAAAUUGCUAGUCAGUAUAAAGGUGUCAAGGAAGUACUUGAUUUAUCGAAAACUUACUUGAGCUACUACACGGAAAAGAACUUACCGGAGUUCAAAGGUGACGUGGAAACAGAUUUCAUCAAGUGGUCUCAAUCCAUACCAAAUAUCGAGGAAAUAAAGAAAGAAAAGCCAAAAUUCCCAAUGUAUGUCAAGGCCGUGGAGAGAGCCCUCAAUGCCAUAAAUGACAAGAGUAUCUCUUACGACAAAUUUUUGAAUGAGAUUAAGGAUGUUGCUGUUGUAUACUUGGACAAAGAGCAUGGUGCAUCAGUAACAGAACCUAGCAUUUUCAAAAAACUUCCAUUAUACUGGGAAAACAAGUUCAACGAAGACAUGUCAAAGCUCAACGUUUUGCCUCCCUCAGUGACUACGAGAGUGUCCGAAUACGUCCCAGAUAUCAUUGAAUACGUAGACAAGAUAAUAUCCAAUGGGUACGCUUAUGCAACAGAGGACGGAUCCGUGUAUUUUGAUACAGUGAAAUAUGAACACUCGAAACACGAUUAUGCCAAAUUGCAACCUUGGAACAAAGGUGACAUGAGCUUGAUCAAUGAUGGUGAAGGCUCAUUGAGUCUAGGCAACGCUAAACGCAGUCCUAGCGAUUUUGCAUUAUGGAAAGCGUCAAAACCAGGUGAACCUGCUUGGGAUUCGAAAUGGGGUAAAGGCAGGCCCGGGUGGCACAUUGAGUGCUCGGUGAUGGCUUCUGAUAUCACCGGAUCACAAAUGGACAUACAUAGUGGUGGCGUGGACUUGUGUUUCCCACAUCACGACAACGAGUUGGCACAAUCUGAAGCAUACUUUGACAACAACCAAUGGGUUAAUUAUUUCAUGCAUAAUGGACAUUUGCACAUUCAAGGGCAAAAGAUGUCGAAAUCGUUGAAAAACUUCAUCACUAUUAAUGAUGCAUUGAAGGAUUUUAACUCGAGGCAAUUGAGAUUUGUUUUUGCAUUGUGCCCAUGGAACAAACCAUUAGACUUUAAAGACACUUUAGUCAGCGAGGUGAUGUCUAUUGAGUCCACAUUUAGCAAGUUUUUCACAAACGUUCGUGCUUUGAAUCACGAGUACAAGCAUAAAGUGGAAAAUGGGGAAUACGUGUCAAAACGUAUUGGAGAAAUUGAAAAACAAUUGUAUACCGAUUUGAGCAAAGCCCAAGACGAUGUGAAUAUUGCAUUCAACGACAAUUUAUCAAGUGGAGAUGCCAUAAAACAUUUGGUAGAGUUGGUUUCCAAGAGCAACAACUACAUACAAUUGGUUACUACAGGUAAGAGCGAACUACGAAUUGAAGUUUUGUUACUGGUCACUUCAUGGAUUCUGAAAAUCCUCAACAUUCUAGGAUUCCAAUCAAGGCCAGAUAAACUUGGCUGGGUCGAUGAAUCCUCCUCUUCAGCUGGUAGUGCAGGCUCCACAGAGGAGGAAGUUGCAAUGCCCUAUGUUAAAGCGUUGGCAAAGUUUAGAGACCAAGUGAGAAAUUUGGCCAUUAAGAAAGCCGAUUUGAAGGAUUUUUUAUCUGCUUCUGAUGCUAUUCGCUCAGACUUGAUCAAUAUCAAUGUUUCCCUAGAUGAUAGACCAGAUGGAAGUGCUUUGGUCAAGUUCCUCAACGAGUCGGAAAAGCAACAAUUACUCGCACAACAGGAAGCUAAAGCUAAGCAGCUGGCAGAGAAGGAAGCCAAAAGGAAGGAACAGGAGGCUUUGAAGGCAAAGAAGGAGGCGGAAAAGUUGGCACAAAUGAAGAUUCCUCCUAGUGAGUUGUUUAAAAAGGAUCCAUCGUUCAAGGAAUUUGACGAAAUGGGAAUUCCAACAAUUGAUAGUAAAGGAGAGGAAGUUAGCAAAAGUAUGAAGAAGAAGUUAAUGAAGCAAUAUCAACAACAGGAAAGACUUUACAACGAGUAUUUGAAGUCGACUGGUCAAACUGCCUGA